AUGGCAUCGACGGUGAACAAGACAGCGCAUCCAUUCUCAAAAGCAAAUCUCGAUGACCUCUUGCUCAAGCGCUUCUUCUACGCUCCAGCAUUUGAGAUUUACGGUGGCGUGGCGGGCUUAUACGAUUAUGGACCCCCGGGCUCUGCUCUCCAGGCCAACAUUAUCGCAGAAUGGAGAAAGCAUUUCAUCAUCGAAGAGUCGAUGCUCGAGCUCGAUACUACCAUCAUGACCCCAGAAAAGGUCUUUGUCGCCUCGGGUCACGUCGCAAAGUUUGCAGACUGGAUGGUCAAGGACAGCAAGACGGGUGAAGUCUUGCGUGCCGAUCAUCUCGUCAAAAAUGUCCUCAAUGAUAGACUGGAUCGCGACAAGCUGGCCCGUAAUCCAGUCGCCGAUCCCAAAAAGAAGGCUAAAAAGGAGACACCGCUCGACGAUGCCCUCGUAGUCGAAUACGAGUCGAUUCUCAAUCGCUUGGAUGAGUACUCGGGUGUCCAGCUCGGUGAGCUGAUAAAGAAGCAUGCCAUAGUCAACCCAGCAACUGGAAACGAUGUCAGCGACCCAGUAGAGUUUAAUCUCAUGUUUGCAAGCAACAUCGGGCCUGUCGGCAAUAACACUGGAUACUUGCGUCCAGAGACAGCACAGGGUCACUUUGUCAACUUUCAGCGUCUCCUCGAGUUUAACAAUGGCAGUCUGCCGUUUGCCUCUGCCCAGGUGGGCAGGUCCUUCCGAAACGAAAUCUCGCCACGAAACGGGCUGCUCCGAGUCCGCGAGUUCACCAUGGCAGAGAUUGAACACUAUGUUGACCCAGCCGACAAAUCCCACCCUCGAUUCAAAGAUGUUGCAGACGUAAAGCUCCGAUUCCUGAGAAAGGAGAUUCAGAGCGCUGGAAAGAACGAUAUUAUCGAGACCACCAUUGGGGAUGCCGUGGCUACAGGCAUGGUCGCAAACGAAACGCUCGGAUACUUUGUCGCGCGCAUCUUCCAGUUCCUCACCAAGAUUGGUGUUGACCCUGCGCGAUUGCGAUUCCGCCAACACAUGGACAACGAAAUGGCGCACUAUGCAUGUGACUGCUGGGAUGCCGAAAUCCUAGUCUCGUCUGGUUGGGUCGAGUGUGUCGGGUGUGCCGACCGCUCCGCUUUCGAUCUGACGCAGCACAUGAAAGCUACGGGUCGUUCGUUGAUCGCACAAAAGCCUGUUGACCCACCGCGGUUUAUCCACAAGACGGAGCCAGAGUGGAACCGCAAAGAACUCGGGCUCACCUUUAAAAAGGCGGCCACAUCCGUUCAAAAGGCGGUCGAAGCGCUUCCUACUGAAGAGCUCGAAAAGAUUCGGGCUGCGACGGAGAAUGAACCAUACAAAUUGACCUUAGAGAAUGGAGACGUUGUCGAUGUGACACCUAAAUUUGUGAAAAUAGUCGACAAGACGAUCAAACAGACCGUGGAGGAUUAUACCCCAAACGUCAUCGAGCCCUCCUUUGGUCUCGGCCGCAUUCUCUAUGCACUCUUGGAGCAUAGCUACUGGGCCCGGGAAUCAGACAUUAACCGUGGCGUCCUCUCCCUCCCUCCGCUUGUCGCGCCUAUCAAAGUGUUGAUCGUUCCAAUCUCAUCGCAAGAGGCGUUCAAGCCGCUGAUUCAUGAAAUCGCAACCAAAUUGAGGAGGGCCGGCAUCUUCUCCCGCGUCGAUGCGUCGAGUGUUACGAUUGGCAAACGCUACUCCCGUAAUGACGAGCUCGGCACGCCGUUUGGUAUUACGGUGGACUUUGCCUCUGUCGCAAACGGUACUGUCACUCUCCGGGAACGAGAUACGACGGAUCAGCGAAUUGGCAAAGUCGACGAGGUGAUUGCAGUCGUCGCAGAUCUUGUAGAAGGUGUAUGUACAUGGGACGAGGCAUGCGGAAGACUCCCUGCAUACAGCGGAGUACAGGCGGUCGACGGUGCUGCUCCGACGUCGUAG